GGUGACUGAACUAUGGCAGAGCCAAGGCACACCUUUCUCUUUUUACAUGUUUACCUUUCUUUCAUCUAUGAUCCUUGUUUAGCUAACAUCCCAUUACGCUGGAGCAUAGCUCCUUCCCAGGACCCAUGUUAUAAUGAACAAGGACAUCCUAAGUUCUGCAUACCUGAGUUCAUCAAUGCUGCAUUUGGAAGAUCUGUUGAAAUUCAAGGUGGUGGAGAUCAAGAUCAUGUUUUUCCUGAAAACACUACUGUGCUUACUGACCUGAACAACCCACAUAAUCUCUCUUGCUGGCAUCAAAAAACUGAACAUGACCAGAGUCUGACUGUUUCUCUGGGACGCAGAUUUGAGUUAACAUACAUUAGCUUGCAGUUCUGCUUUGGUCAGACACAGGAGGACACCUUCUGGUCUACUUCUAUCCUGAAGUCAAUGGAUUUUGGGCGAACAUGGAAGCCUUACCAGUUUUAUUCCCCACAAUGUCAGGAACAAUUUGGACAACCUUCUCACAUGGUUGUUUCAUCAAGAGCCCAUGAAAAUGAGGCUCUUUGCUCAGAUCCCAGGCCACUGCAACAACACAGAGGGGGGCUUGUGUUAGCUUUCUCUACUCUUGAUGGAAGACUAUCUGCCCCUGAUUAUGAAUACAGCCCAGUUCUCCAAGACUGGGCCACAGCUACUGACAUUAGGGUCAUUUUUCAUAAAGAAAAACUGGUAGGGCCUUCAAGGUCAAGGCUUGGCAUUCAAGACACAGAGUCUAUAGUUGGUAAAAAAAUGGGAGGCGUGAAUGGAAGAAGAAAUGGUUUUAGUAAGGGUACGGCAAUUGGAUAUCAGGAAACUCAUGGAACAGGGGGCAAAGGUGGAAAACUUCAUUUUGCAUCAUCUUCCGCAGAAGAUGCCAAGUUGUGGAAUGAGCAAAGAGGUAAAAUGAAAAGAAACUCUCAUGUUAGCAAAAGAAAGAAAGGUUUAGGCAGAGACAGAGACCGUGAAGGACGUGAUAAGGUUGAUAAGGGCAAAAGGAGAAAUAAGAAGACAGCUUCUCAAAGGGAAGCAAUGAAGUUUGAAAGUUCAGACAUGUUGCUUAAGGAAGUAAAUCGAGGGCCUGCCAUCCUAGCCCUUUCAGAUCUGCAAGUGGGUGGCAGGUGUAAGUGUAAUGGGCAUGCUUCCCGUUGCAUUCGAGACCCUCAGGGCCAGGCGAUAUGUGAGUGUCGACACAACACAGCUGGAGUAGACUGCGACAUGUGUAAACCUUUCUAUUAUGAUCGACCUUGGCAACGGGCAACCCCUGAGCAGCCACACGAGUGCGUUGAUGAAACUAAAACCGGAGGAAUGAUAGGCACUGAGGAAACAGCAAAAUCAAUUCAAACAGACCUGGGUGAAAACUUGGAAAAUUCAGUUUAA